AUGGUUGCUUUCACUGUAGAUCAGAUGCGUAAUCUUAUGGAUCAUGUGACUAAUGUUCGGAAUAUUUCCGUUAUUGCCCAUGUCGAUCAUGGGAAAUCUACUUUGACUGAUUCUUUAGUUCAAAGAGCUGGUAUUAUUUCUGCAGCAAAAGCGGGGGAAGCUAGGUUUAUGGAUACAAGAAAAGAUGAACAAGAAAGAGGUAUAACUAUUAAAUCUACCGCAAUUUCUUUAUAUGCCGAGAUUCCAGAAGAAGAUGUGAAGGAUAUUAAACAGAAAACAGACGGUAGAUCAUUUCUAGUCAAUUUAAUUGACUCUCCUGGUCAUGUGGAUUUCUCUUCUGAAGUCACUGCUGCUUUAAGAGUCACUGAUGGAGCACUAGUUGUGGUAGACACUGUAGAGGGUGUAUGUGUUCAAACGGAAACCGUUCUUAGACAAGCAUUAGGUGAAAGAAUCAAACCAGUCGUUAUUAUUAAUAAAGUGGACAGAGCUUUAUUGGAAUUACAAGUCACAAAGGAGGACCUUUACCAAUCUUUCUCAAGAACUGUAGAAUCUGUUAAUGUUAUUGUUUCUACAUAUGCUGACAAAAUAGUGGGUGACGUUCAAGUAGAUCCUUCAAAGGGUACUGUUGCCUUCGGAUCAGGGCUACAUAGUUGGGCCUUCACUAUUAGACAGUUCUCGGAACGAUAUGCAAAAAAAUUUGGUGUUGAUAAAAAUAAAAUGAUGACUAAGUUGUGGGGGGAUGUCUAUUUUAACCCCAAAAUUAAACAUUGGACUAAUAAAGAUAGAGAUCAGGAUGGUAAACCAUUAGAAAGAGCCUUUAAUAUGUUUGUUUUGGAUCCGAUUUUUAGGUUAUUUGAUGCUAUUAUGAACUAUAAAAAGGAUCAGAUUCCAGUAUUGUUAGAAAAAUUAGAAAUUGCAUUAAAGGCUGAUGAAAAGGAUUUGGAAGGAAAAGCUUUAUUAAAAGUAGUUAUGAGAAAGUUCUUGCCAGCUGCUGAUGCCCUAUUAGAAAUGAUUGUCAUGCAUUUACCAUCUCCUGUCACAGCACAAGCGUAUAGAGCUGAGCAAUUAUACGAGGGCCCAUCUGAUGAUCCGAAUUGCAUUGCAAUUAAAAAUUGCGAUCCCAAAGCUGAUUUAAUGCUUUAUGUCUCAAAAAUGGUCCCCACUUCAGAUAAAGGCAGAUUUUACGCCUUUGGUAGAGUCUUUUCAGGAACUGUUAAAUCUGGUCAAAAAGUUCGAAUUCAAGGACCUAAUUAUGUCCCUGGUAAGAAAGAUGACCUGUUUACUAAGGCUAUCCAAAGGGUAGUUCUUAUGAUGGGAAGAUUUGUAGAACCAAUCGAUGAUUGUCCAGCAGGGAAUAUUAUAGGUUUAGUGGGAAUUGACCAAUUUCUAUUGAAAACAGGCACUCUAACUACUUCAGACACAGCACACAAUUUAAAAGUCAUGAAAUUUUCAGUAUCACCUGUUGUGGAAGUAGCUGUAGAAGUGAAAAAUGCUAACGAUUUACCUAAAUUAGUUGAAGGUUUGAAAAGAUUAUCUAAAUCGGAUCCUUGUGUCUUAACAUAUAUGAACGAAUCUGGUGAACAUAUUGUUGCAGGUACCGGUGAACUUCAUUUGGAAAUUUGCUUACAAGAUUUAGAAAAUGAUCAUGCCGGUGUCCCAUUAAAAAUUUCUCCACCAGUGGUUGCAUACAGAGAAACGGUUGAAUCUCAAUCAUCUCAGACUGCUUUAUCUAAAUCUCCAAAUAAACAUAACAGAAUUUAUUUAACUGCACAACCAAUUGAUGAAGAAGUCUCCUUGGCUAUUGAAGAUGGAAAGAUUAGUGCAAGAGAUGAUUUUAAAUCCAGAGCCAGAGUGAUGGCUGAUGAAUACGGUUGGGAUGUCACUGAUGCGAGAAAGAUUUGGUGUUUUGGUCCAGAUGGAACUGGUCCAAACCUGGUCAUUGAUCAAACAAAAGCGGUACAAUAUUUAAAUGAAAUCAAAGAUUCUGUGGUGGCUGCAUUUCAGUGGGCAACAAAAGAAGGUCCAAUCUUUGGUGAAGCCAUGAGGUCUGUGAGAAUCAAUAUAUUGGAUGUUACAUUACAUGCAGAUGCUAUUCAUCGUGGAGGUGGUCAAAUUAUUCCAACUAUGAGAAGAGCUACAUAUGCUGCAUUUUUAUUGGCUGAGCCUCGUAUUCAAGAACCUGUGUUUUUAGUAGAGAUUCAAUGCCCCGAAAAUGCAGUAGGUGGUAUCUAUUCUGUAUUGAAUAAGAAGAGAGGACAAGUUAUAUCUGAAGAACAAAGACCAGGCACUCCAUUAUUCACGAUUAAAGCAUAUUUACCUGUAAAUGAAUCAUUUGGUUUUACUGGUGAAUUAAGACAAGCUACUGGAGGACAAGCUUUCCCUCAAAUGGUGUUUGACCAUUGGGCUACUUUAGGAUCUGAUCCCUUAGAUCCUACUUCCAAGGCUGGUGAAAUUGUCCAUGCAGGUCGUAAAAGACACGGUAUGAAGGAAGAAGUCCCCGGUUGGCAAGAAUAUUAUGAUAAGCUAUGA